AUGAAAGAAGAAGAAAUUCUCAAUUUAUAUCCAGCAGAAUCUCCUUUAUAUUAUAUUGCAUGGGAUAAAGUUGAUGAUCUUAAAUCCAAAUUCCCAGAAUUUGAUAUUAAUCAGACAAUCAAUAAUGAAAUUACCUCACUUGAUUGUGCAAUUAAAUACGGAUCAGAAUCAUGUUUCAAUCACUUGAAAAAAUCAGGAGCCAAUUACACAAAUAACUCCGAAAAAUAUGCUGUUCAAGGUGGAAAUCAAAACAUUUUUAAGCAAAUGAUAGAAGAAGGUAAAACUUUUGAUAAAAUGAUUAAUACAGCAUUGGAUUAUCAUAAUUUUGAAAUUGCUGGAUACCUUAAAUCAAAAUUUGGACAAUUUCCAAAUUCAGUAACAGGAAGCAUGAAUUUUGGUAACUUUAACAUUGUUUCUUAUUUACUUUCUAAUGGAGCAGAUAUCAACAAGAUUGAAAUUCUUUUUAUUUUCACAUUUACCAUUGUUUUAUGGGAUUCUCUUUUGUUUUCAUAUUUGUCAAGGUUUUAUAGAAUUCUCUAUAUAUAA